AUGGGGCGGGAGGGGGAGAUGGCGGGGAGGAGUUACGUUACGUACGGUAUCAGCGCGAAAUUCGCUGCCUCAGCUCCAACGUCGACGUUGGUGACCAAACGGCCCCCUUGUACCUUGCGUGCUCCUCGACGUGGUCAGCCAGGAACGACACGGAGAGGAAGUGCAUUGACCAUGCGGGAUUGGACGUCGCCGGGGAUUGGGUUCAACUUGGGGCAGAUCAUUGUCGUCACCGCAUACCCCCUCACCGUUGUUCUCUGCAUUGAGGUCCGAGUCAAGGCACCUCUCAUUUCCAACUCCAACUUUGAAGGCACAUUUCCUCGCCCUCGACUGGCUGGGCCCCAUCUUACUUCUCGCCAUCAAGAACUCCAUCCUCUUCCUCGUCCUCGGCGCAGGACGGGGGUACGAGAAGCUCAACUUCCUACACUGCUGGACCGGCCGGGCAUAGCAUUGUCCGUCUCGGUGAUCGUACAUGGCGCUUUGUGGAUUAGGAACCACAUGGAGUACUGUGUUGAGAUUAUGGAUGAACAGAAGGAGCAGAGCGGGGUUGCUACAUUUCCUGGUCAGGGUGUCAUCGUGCUGAGUUCGUUGAGAGUCGUAAGGCGGUGGGCGUGGAGCUCGUUCUUCGCGGUUCACGUAUUGGUGUUUCCGGCUUUCUUCAUCACAAUGUGCUACCACACCAUCUGCGCCAGCCCGUGGAUAUACCUCGUAUUUGCAUUGGAUGGGCCCGAUAUCCUGCUUAGGAUGUUCAAGAUUAGAAUCAAGGAUGCCGUACUCGUACCCGUUGGGAAGCAGAUGACGCUUAUUCGCAUCCCGCUCGCAACCUUGGGCUGGCUCGCCGAGUAG